CCCAGCGCCAGCAGGCCUGCUUGGUCGAUCUUCGAUCCAAAGAUGAGGCGCGGCUGGAAGAUGGCUCUGUCCUGGGGGCUGCGGUGCUGCCGCCGAGUACUUUCCUGGGUGCCUGUGCUUGUUAUCGUCCUCGUUGUGCUUUGGUCCUACUAUGCCUAUGUCUUUGAACUCUGCCUGGUGACUGUUUUGAGCCCAGCAGAAAAAGUUAUCUACCUCAUAUUCUACCAUGCCAUCUUUGUGUUCUUUACCUGGACCUACUGGAAGUCUAUAUUUACACUUCCACAACAGCCAAACCAGAAGUUCCACUUGUCCUAUUCAGACAAAGAACGCUAUGAAAAUGAAGAAAGACCUGAGGUCCAGAAGCAGAUGCUCAUCGAUAUGGCCAAAAAGCUACCAGUUUACACAAGAACUGGGAGUGGAGCUGUUAGAUUCUGUGACCGGUGCCAUUUAAUCAAGCCAGAUCGCUGCCACCACUGCUCUGUCUGUGCCAUGUGUGUAUUAAAAAUGGACCAUCAUUGCCCUUGGGUUAAUAAUUGCAUUGGAUUUUCCAACUACAAAUUCUUUCUUCAGUUUUUAGCUUAUUCUGUUCUCUACUGCCUGUACAUUGCUACAACAGUCUUCAACUAUUUCAUCAAAUACUGGAGAGGGGAAUUGCCCAGUGUUCGCUCAAAGUUCCAUGUUCUUUUUCUCCUCUUUGUGGCCUGCAUGUUUUUUGUCAGCCUUGUGAUUCUCUUUGGUUACCAUUGUUGGCUUGUCAGCAGAAACAAAACCACCUUAGAGGCCUUCUGUACUCCAGUGUUUACAAGUGGCCCAGAGAAAAAUGGGUUCAACCUUGGCUUCAUCAAAAAUAUCCAGCAGGUGUUUGGAGAUAACAAGAAGUUCUGGUUAAUACCUAUUGGGUCUAGCCCUGGUGAUGGACACUCCUUCCCUAUGAGAUCUAUGAAUGAGUCACAGAACCCACUGCUAGCAAAUGAAGAGCCCUGGGAAGAAAAUGAGGAUGAAAUCCAAGAUUAUCCAGAAGUUUCAUCAUCUCUUGCUGUGGAAACAGAAACAUAGCAGUUUACACAUUUCCUGCUUCUCUCAGGACCCUCCAUCUCCCAUGAGGCUUACAGAAUUCAAUGUUGGGAACCAUUUUAAUCUUCAAAAUAAGUCACCAUUGUGGAUUGAAAGCUUCACAAUUUAAAAGCAUUCCAUCAAAUAUUUGCUGUGCAGAUAGAUGUUUCAAGACUUUACAAGCUAUUUAAUUUACUAACUGAACCCAUUGAUCUGGUAGCAAUUAAUUCAAGACAGUCUUCCUCUCUUUCUUCAUUUCCCCUCCCCAAUCUGUAAAAACCUGAAUGUAACAUAUAUACCUUCCCAGAGACUCUUGUUAUUUCUCUUGUUGGGUAAAGAGGAAUUCAAAAGACUUCCAUGGAGUCUUUCACUCCCCUGGAAAGACUGUUAAUUAUCUUUAUAGGGUCUUUGUGGUAUUGAGGGGAAUCAGAUAUGUUUGCUGCUUGUGUGCCUGUGCAUUUAUAAGCAUGCAUAUGUGCAGCAUAUUUACACAAAAUUCUGCUGUGUUAUGAAAAUCAAGGUUAAAAAAUCCAAGGUUUUUAUUCAACUCUGCGUUUUUCCCUAAAUAGCAAUUUAAAUAUUUGCUGGGCUGUGAAAACCAUCCCUAUAUCAGGCAUGUAAAAUUCAAGAGGCAGAUUCAACACCCCAUAAUCAAGGUCCUCAAUUGGGAAUUGAACAAUGCAAAGCCUGUUCUCUGUCAUAAAUGUGUAAUGUUCCUGAAAGCACCACAACUAAUAGAGAAGAUCAGAUCUCCACUUUAUUAAAUAAACAUAAGUGUUUUAAGGACUUUUAAUGUCAGGCUUUGGUAAAAUUCUCCAGUUACUUUUAUUAUUUUCUCUGAUACCUAGCUUUUUUUGCCUAUAUUAAUUGUUCUUAUGAUGAAAGAAAAACCAUAACCCUAAGUUAUGGACCAUAGGUUUUGUUAGGGGCAUAAAGAUAAUUUUCAGGUUUAAUUACAAAACUGUUCAUAAGGUAAGGCUUCAAAGUUGAAAUUAGCCUAAGUAUUAGCACUAAAGAUCUUUGUUUUCACAGCAGGGGUUAGUGUACAAUGAUAACCCAUAGUAAUAUGCCAAUACUUUCUUUUCCUUUUUUUUUCCUUUUUUUCCUUGUUGUAGCUUCAGUGGUAGCUCAGCCAUUAAGAUAGUUUACAUUCAUUUUCCCAUUUAUUUAUAAUCAAACUUUCUUUUAGUCCUAGUGCCCAAAUCAAUGAGUAUGAACACUAAUGCUGCUUCUUUAUAAUAAUACCUAAGAACAUUGAUGGUUUUCAUUUCUCAGCCAGUGUUCUUGUGCCCAGCUGCUGACAACAGAAGUCCCAACUCUUGCAGAGAUUAGUGGGAAUUAAAGGCAUCUUACAGAUAACAAGGAGUUAAGCUCCUAUAAGGACAUUAGGUUUACUAAAUUAUGCCCCCUAAAACCUUUUUGAGUAAAAGAAAAUUUGCCCACUACAAACUAUUUGAUGUUCAAACUCCAGUGGAGGUGAGAAGGUGAGCAAUUUAGCUACUUAAAGAAAGAAAAAAUUUGUUCAUUUAGAUCCUCUAGGUAAUUUUGGUCGAGGUAAGACUUUUAGCAUAAAUUAAAUGGAUUGUGGCCAGCAUUUCAUUUGAAAGAAUACUAUACGUGACAAAAUCUAUUAGGGCCAGGGAAUGUUUCUCAAACUCAGAUGCUAAGAAUCAACCUACAAGACUAUACACACUAGGUUUCACAAUGACCUCAUGUAUGGGAAGCUUUUUCCCCCUUUCUUUCUUCCUCCAAAACACUCUCUUGUUAAGGUUUUUCUUGAAAGUUUAUUUGGCCAUUCACAUGGUCUUAUGAUGGACAAACCUUGCCUUUUAUUGAUAUAGUAAUGCACCUUUCUCUAAAGAUAGGCCAUUAUUUACUCCACAGUCAGUGGGCUUCGAAGAGGUCUCUCUCUUUCCCAUCAUCUUCUGCCAAGGUUUAGGCAGGGUAGCUUCUCACUAUGAUUCAAAGUCAGGAAAGAAUCGACCAUUUCUUUGAUGCAUAGAGUGUAUCAGAGUUUGGCACUGAUAGAAAUCAGGUCAUAAAAGAUAGUAUCAAGAAAUUAUAGGGAAGUACUGGAAGAGUAAAGCUCAGGAGAGCUAUAAUGCAAAGCUGACUUAAACCAUCUUCAAAGGGCCAAAUAAAUGAGAGUUUUAAGUAGGGGGGCUUGGAGAAAUAAAUCCUAUUCCUAUCUCAGCACCUUUAUUCCACUAGUUUAUAGACUCUAAUAAUACCCCUAUCCAUAGAUCAUUGAGUAUUGCCUACCAUACAUAGGCACUCCCCCUCAUUGAUUGACUAUUGAUUGACAGAGAGAUUAACCUAAUAAUUAGUAUAUCUUGAUCUGGCUCUGUUGCUUGUUUUCCUUGAGGCCCUGUCAAAUAACCUCUGUGGGAUCUCAUUCCCCAAUUUUUUGGUACCCAUAUUCCACAUUUGCAAAAUUAAGAUACUCAUUAUUAGGAUCCUAAAACUGCUAAAGGUGCUAUGUAACUCCCUAGUGCUCUUAUAUAAGUCUUUCAUUGAAGGACUGGGAUGAAAACUUGAACCAUAACUAACCUAACCAGUGUGCUCCAUUCUUUCUUCCAUGCUCUCAUUGCUGACUUGUUCUUGCAGAGUUUAGAAUACUUUAUUAAAGUUCUUCAAUUCAUUCUAACAAUGUCCUUGGAAUAGAAAUUGUACCCAUGGCACAUCUAGGAAAAUUAAGGCCAAAAAAAAAUGAAGUGGCCUCCAAAAGCACAUAGCUGUCUGGGACAGAACUCAGUUAUCAUGUCCAGUGAAUGUUAGACUGACUUGGCUUCCCAGUACUGGAAUUACCAUGGAACAGCUUAGAACACUGAGAUAAAUUAGGGCAGGAUCACAUUUCAGAAAAUUUCCACUUUGUCCAACAUCUAAAAGUAUGCAAUUAACUCUUAUUUUCUAUGUGAUAUAAAUGUUAUAUAUGUCUCUUUCCCACAUUGGUCCCAUGUAACUCACAUAUUUCACACUAUGUGACAUCAGCCAGUGCCAUUAUCUCCUCUGGCACCCAUAGAGCCCAAUCUCAGGGCUGUCUUUGCCAGAGAAAAGAAUGUGCUUCCCCAUGUUUAUGCCAAAUUGCACAAAGUGUAGACAUUGAGGUUAAUGGAGAUUUAAGCACAAUCCCAAGCAGGUAUGUUUUAAGAAUAUUGAAUGUACAUUAUUGUGACAUGCACCUGAAAUGUAACAUGGCCUAAAUUCAUAGGAAUGUAACAGUCAUGCAAAGCUUAUCCCUUUUACCUCUCAUCACACAUAUAUAUCUACUACAUACAUGUGUGCACACAUAUACGCACACUACAUGCUUCCCUCAAAGUAGGCUGCUUGGUCAUCAGGUGCAAAUACUUUAAAGGAAUGAUUCUUUGUCCUCUCCUUUUAGAAAAAAGUCCAACAGCCACUUCAAGUGAAGAACACCCCAUUUAUACAUUCUAAAACUUCUACUUCCAGAGUAGCUAUGAUAUUCAGUUGGUGCAAAAGACAAGAUUGUUAAACCCUUUCACAAGUCCUACGUUCUUAGAAAAUUUAUGAGUUCCAUGUAAUCAGUAGGAAAUGGUUUAUGAGGCAUGGUACAUCUGCAUUUCUUUAACCUUUGCUGUAAUGUACCAUAUUAAGUUGUAGUCUUUUGCAUGCAGGUGUUAUGUAAUAUAAUAAUGAAUGGGUGACUCCUAAGAGCAUGCAACCAACAACUAUUUGCUUCCCCAAAAGGGCUAGGACUGUGUCCUGCAGUGUUUAAAACUAUUACAUUUGUUCUUUGUAGCAGAGUGGUAUGUGGCCAUCAGCAGAAUGAGUUAAGAUGGACAAUGAGUGCAAUAUAUCAGGAAACAGAUUUUUUGUAGGGAAUGACAGUAAAGGCAAAAACAAAAACAAAAAA